AUGAUUUUUGUUCGAUAUCUUGGAUUAAACAUAACUUUUGUUACUCUCAAAGAUGAUGAACAAUUUUUUGUAAGAAAAUUAUGGGUAAUUCAUACAUUAGAACUAGCCCAUGGAUAUACGAGCGGAGGGAUACAUAGAAUUAGAGAAAUUGUCUUUCAAAAAGAAGAUUACAAAAAAAUUAAACCAGAAAGAUAUGUUGUUGCAAAUAGGCCACGAAGAUCUGGUAGAUUUAUAUAUGAGGUACGUACUCUUGUUAAAUCUCUCAAUGAGAAUACAAUUAUUGAGAAAGGUUGCAAAUGGAUAAGAGACGACAAUUUUUAUGGAAUAUCUUUGAUGAGAAUCGUAAAAUUUUGGAUGUCACUAAAGAUAUUAGUAACUGUUCAAGGUUCUGGAAUCUACAAUGCAAUUUUCAUGCAUGAAAAAACAGGAAUGGUUUUGUUAUUUUCAUCGAGUGCUGAUGGACCAAACGUACAAUUAUGUAACCAUCUUCAUAUCUUCAUGAUUGGAGUCGUUCAUCCAGAUCGAGACAUUAUUUCGAGAAAACCUCAACUAACCAAUUAUACAGAUAUGAUAAAGUAUACUCAGAGGGUUGUUGAUGCAGUCAAUCAUGGCUCUUGGACAAAUCUUGAAGGUUUGAAAAGAUUUUUAGACCCAUCAUAUCCUAUUGCUAAUAUUACAGAAUUUAUAUUAACAUAUAACGACUAUAUAAGGCAUUGGUGA